CACCACGAAGGCAACUAGGAAAGUAUACUCCUAGUGUAGCAUAUUCCAAAUGAUAUGCCGUCGAAUUUAAUAUGUUCUCAUGAUAUUAAACAUAUUGCCAUUUUCUGUUUUAAAAAGAUUUAAUUUGAAGAUCAACUUUAUAUAUUUGUUUGUCUCAUCUUCUUCUUGGAUUAUAAAAUUAAUUUCCCUUCCUUUUUUUCUACGCAUAUUCUCCCUCUCUCGCGCACAGUCAGACACACACACACCCACUUCACGAUAUAUAUAUAUUUUUUGAACAACCACACUUCACGGUAUAUAAUAUCACACACCUAGCUUUUUGCCUUCUUCGAGUUUUUUUUACCGGCGACUUCUUGAACAUGGUUUUGUCGUUGCUCGUGCACUGAAGAGAAAAAAACAAUAUAUCGCUGCCUUUACUGUUUUAAUUUAAAUAAAAUAUAAGUUUUUUCUUCCGCUGAGUUCUAAAUUAAACUUGGAUAUCCCCUGCAACUGAGGGUUGAUACCUUUCAAACUUGUGAUUAUUAAACAUUAUUUUUAAAUUUCUGUAUUUUAUAUUCAGUCCCUCGUCAUCUCUUUUUGUGUUUUUUCGUUUAUAGUUUCUUAUUUACAGAUGGUGAAGAAGAGGAAGAAGAAAAAGAAGAGAAGAGAUGAGAAGAGAAGAGAGGAGAGAGCUUUAAAAUCCUAUUUUUAGGGUUUGUCUUCCCAUAGAGGAAAUGUCAACAAAGGCUUAGUAGCAGAGAGAGAGACUUUAAUUUUACCAAGAAAUGAUGACGUUAGGAGAUGUUCACACCGGUAGGUUUGGAGCAAACUCAAGCAGUUCUAGGCCAAGGAAGGUUCGAAUUCAUGGCUACAAGAUACCGGAUCUGAACCUAGAUCCUUGUUUGGAUUGUGAUGAAGAAGAAACAAGAGAAGUAGUAGUUGGUAAACAUCAGGAUGCAGAUUAUGUACAAAACGUUCCUCAGCUUGCUUACGAGCUAGAGGUCGAGAUACUCUCACGCGUCCCGCGUUUCGAGUAUUGGAAACUAAACCUUCUAAACAAACGUUUCUCGCGUUUGCUAAAAAGCGGUGAGAUAUUCAAGGUGCGGCGAGACCGCGGUGUGGUCGAACCAUCUGUCUUUAUGCUGUCCAACGGCGACACGAGGUGGACCAUGUUCGAUAAAGACUUCGAGAACUUUCAGAAAGUUCCGGAACUUCCUUCCGACAUGUGCUUCUUCCGUGGAGACAAAGAAUCGCUUUGCGCCGGAACGCAUUUGAUCGUCACUGGGAAAGAGGAGAAGAGCAUUGCCUUGUGGAGGUACGAGGUUGAGACGAGCAAGUGGUUCAAGGGUCCUGCGAUGAUCACGCCAAGGAUCUUGUUCGCCUCAGCUACUUGUGGGACCGUUGUGUUUGUAGCUGGAGGGUUGGACGCGUCUUUAGAAGUCGUGAGCAAAGCAGAGAAGUACGAUUCUGAGACUAAAACGUGGACGCGUCUCAACGCAAUGCACAAGCGGAGGAAGUUCUGUUCUGGAUGUUACUUGCGAGGCAAGUUUUACGUCAUCGGUGGGAGAGAUGAGAGAGAUCAAAACCUAACUUGCGGAGAACGUUACGAUGAGGGAACGGAUACUUGGGAGCUAAUACCGGACAUUCUCAAAGACAUGUCUUUCUCUUCUGUUCAAUCUCCACCGCUCAUCGCGGUGGUGAAUGAAGAUCUUUACUCUCUGGAAACAUCUGCGAACGAGCUUCGCGUUUAUGACACAAACGCAAACGUUUGGAAGAGGCUUGGAGAUGUGCCUGUGAGGGCCAAGUCUAAUGGAGGAUGGGGCGUUGCGUUUAAGUCGCUCGGGGACAAGUUGCUUGUGAUUGGAGCAUCGGUGGGACCGUCCAGGACCGAGACGAUGUCGGUUUACACAUGUAGUCCGUCCGCUGAUCCUAAGGAUAAGCUGAUUUGGGAGGAGUCUAAACGCUGCUGUGGUGUUCGGCUCAGCCAUUUUAUCCUAAAUUGUUGUGUUAUGAUUGCUUAAGGGUCUUCUCUAGAGAAAUUAGGGUCACUUUCGGUUAUGUGUGUGUGUGUUGAAUAAGAUAAGUUGUGGCGUCCCUAAACGUUGAAACUCUAAGAGCAACAUUAUCGGGCGGCCCUUGGCCCGUUCCGAACACUAUUUGGGCUAAAAAGAAAAUCAAAAAGAAAAGAUUUUGUUUGGUCCGGGCCUUAAUUAAGGUCUUUUUUGACGCGUCCCGUGAGCAACGUGGCAGCACAGGAGAGGGAGAUGUAAACGAAGUCGAUGAAACCUAUUCCGUGUGUUUCUCCUCUUUUGUCGAAACUGAAGCGAAAUCGAUUCACCGCUGUCGAUCUGAUUCGCCUCAAUCCGCUGCCACGUUGGAGGAUCUUCGGAGACUACACCAUGAGGGUGAAGAACGGGGAUUUCCCGGAAUGAUUGGAAGCAUCGACUGUAUGCAUUGGGAGUGGAAGAAUUGCCCCACUGCCUGGAAAGGAAUGUAUUCACGAGGAACCGGAAAACCAACAAUUGUGUUGGAGGCCGUUGCUUCAUAUGACCUCUGGAUAUGGCACGCUUUCUUUGGCGCUCCAAGUACUUUGAACGAUCUUAAUAUUCUGGAUAGAUCACCUGUUUUUGAUGAAAUUAUUAACGGGAAAGCUCCCCAAGUAAACUACUAUGUCAACGGAAGGGAAUACAAUUUGGCGUAUUAUCUGACAGAUGGUAUCUAUCCAAAAUGGGCGACUUUUAUUCAGUCUAUACGACUGCCACAGGGUGCAAAAAAUUCUUUAUUUGUUACGCGUCAAGAAUCCGUUCGAAAAGAUGUCGAGCGGGCCUUUGGGGUCCUCCAAGCUAGGUUCGCCGUUGUUAGAAAUCCUUCUAAUCUAUGGGAUAAAAACAAAAUAUCGAAUAUUAUGCGAGCAUGUCUCAUACUCCAUAAUAUGAUUGUCCAAGAUGAACGGAAUUCAGAUACUCUUGAAGAAUUUCAAGAUGACGAUUUUACUUUUACCGUCAAAAAGGCUAAAAAACCCGGCAAUAUAAUUGCUCGUCGUAAAGAAGUUCGGGAUCCACAUAUCCAUCAACAAUUAAAAGAAGAUUUGAUUGAACAUAUAUGGGAUAAAUUUGGACAUCUUCCAAAUUACAUAUAAUGUGUUUUUGCUUUCUAUGAUUUAAAUAAAAUGUUUCUCUUAUUUUAUUUAUGCAUUUUGUAAUUUUUUUCCACUCCUUUGUAUUUUAAUUUUCAUGUUCUACGUAUUUUAA